CCCAAGGACCCAGAAACACAACAUCCACAGUUCCUGUGUGUUCUGUAGUGAAGUCACCUCAGCCUUCCCUUGCGGUCACUCUUGGUUUCAGAGGCAAGAAAUUGGAGCAUCUGUUUCAUCUCCAAGCCACCAUGAGCUAUAGCAAGCCCAGGUCUCAGGAUUUCCAUCAUGAUUUAAGGAAAAACAUGAAAAUCAAGUACCAUCAGCCUCGGGUCCUUCAAGAAGAACAGAAUGAUCCCAAGAUGUUGCAAAUGCAAAUGGGAUCCCGAAAAAGAACAAAUGAGAUACCUAACACACAAGAGCAAGGACUCUGUUCUUCUAAGAAAACUCCACAAGAUCCGACCACUCCCCUAACUAAAAAAAUCAACAUCACCUUGGGGGUAAAUGCCAAGACAUGUAUGCCCUGUUUUAUCCAGGAGGAGACAGCUAGCUUAUAUGAGGCACUGAACAUCCUUGACCCUGUCAAAAGAGAGAUAGAAAGACACCCAGGCAAAGAAAUGCUGGUAUGUGGCAUAGAAGGAAUAGAAGGGUUCAUAAACCUUGGUAUGCCCCUCCGUUGUUUUCCAGAUGGCAGCCAUGUCCUCAUUACAUUUUCCAAAACUGAAAGUGAGGAGAAAGAAAAUAAUGAAGUGUGUGGUCGCUUUGACCAGUCACCUGCUGAGUGUGUUGUAUUUUACAUACAUGCAGUCGGGAAUAGGGAGCAAAGAAUUCUGAGGUGCAGGAAACUUCACAAGGAGGGGACCAAACUCUGUGUUUAUGGCUUCAAAGGAGAGACCAUCAAGAGCACUCUGAGGAAGGAUGGCAGGUUUGAUUCCUUUGUGGAGAGUGCCCAUUGGCGACUCAUUAACAAUGACACCACCAUAGCAAACACCCAGCCAGUUGAUGUGUUACAGGGCAAGCUGUUUCAGAUUGUUGUGGGAAGAAAGGAGAGGCCUGGGGUGUCCAUGGCAGCUCAGAAAUCUGAGUUGGAGGACAGAAACUUCAGUGAGUUAAAAGGAUACAUUGUGAAUUUGUACCCCACAUUGAAAAGAGAACGUGAGAAAAUGAGAGCAUUUAUCAAGGAAGAAAGAGAAAAUAGUAAAGAACAAUCUUUUUUCAAAGCCCAUAAGAGAAAGUUCAGGGAACUGACAAAAAGCUCUAUUCCAGAUAAAAUGGUCAAACUUCUUUCACAGUUCCUUGAUUCCACUGGGCUCAUAGUUUGGGACAAUAAUGGAAACAGGGGUAGUGCCACUUGCUUUGUUUUUAGAGGGCUGUACAUUUUCAUUUGUCGACAUGUGCUAAAUGACAUUGUGGGAGAAGGAAAAGAGCCACUUGAGUGUGUAGAUCUAAUUAGCCAAUGUGUAAGGGUGACAUUUGAUGAGGAAUAUUGUAAAGAGCCAAACUCAAACUUCAACAGUUGUUUUUGCAUUGAACCCUCGUUUAUCAUAUCUGAUGUAACUCUUGACUAUGCUGUCCUGAAACUGAAGGAAAAUGGUCAACAAGUGCCUGCCGGACUGUAUAAUGGAAUAGCUCUUUCACAUCCCAGUGAGUUGGCAUUUAUGAUUGGCUAUGAAAAUGGACAAAGGGUUAUUGAUCGUUGUACAGUGAUCCCUCAAGGUAAACUAAAAGAGAAAAAUCGACAAUGUGUUCAUGGAGCAGAAGCAGCAGAUCAUAACUAUUCUUUGAAGCACCUCCUCCUUUUGCAUACUAACAGAAGUUUCCCCAAAAUGAGUGAAAAACCUAAUGACUUUACCUAUAAUACUUUUUAUUGUGACUCUUCUGGAUCGCCAGUAUUUGACUGUAAAGGUUCUUUGGUGGCCAUGCACACUGCUGGCUUCAUUUGUGAGCAUGAAAACGGAGUUUAUAAUAUCAUUGAGUUUGGAACAAUGAUGGAAUCCAUCCUUGAUGAUAUUAAAAAAAAACAUAAAAUAUGGUAUAAUGAAGUUUUUGCAAAUCAGGACAUAGAAAUGUGCGAUGAAGUCUAUAUAAAUGAACAAGAUGUAGAAAUGUGUAGUGAAGAGUUUUGAAGGCUGGAGAAAAUUUAUUCCUUUUUGAAUUAGGUUUUCUACAGCAAUGCUACAUAAGGUAAAGCCAGGUCUCAAGCGAAUCUCCAUUAUCCUGACCAUUCUUAGUCUCUGAAUGUGGGUGCCAGUUAGGAGGCCUGGGCAAUCUAUGGGACCUCUAACAGUGGAGCCAGUGUUUAUCUCUAGUGCACAAAUUGACUUUGGGAGCCCAUUCCCUAUGAAGGGAUACUAUU